AUGCAACCACCACAGGACGAGUCCAGCAAUUGCAUGGUACGGUGGUAUAUCGAUACCCGGGACCUAACAGCAACCACUACAUCCCUCCCUCUACUAGAAACACUCCAACCACCAGACCAGGAGUCGGCCAAACGCUUCUACCACCUGAAAGACAAGCAUAUGUCCCUUGCAUCCAAUCUCCUGAAAUAUCUUUUUAUCCACCGAACAUGUCGCAUCCCAUGGAAUCAAAUUACCAUCAGCCGAACGCCAGCACCGCAUCAUCGGCCGUACUUCAACGCUGCAGGCUUCAUCCAGACCGCAGCUACAGACAAGCCAAUUCCAAACAUUGAAUUCAAUGUCAGCCAUCAAGCAUCCCUGGUAGCUCUCGCAGGGACGAUUCUGCCGCCGUCAAGCAACAAUGACUCAAUUGCGCCUACCAAUGUCAUCACAAAUCCCAAUCCCACCUCUACACCCGCCUCAUCUAUACCUCAGGUAGGAAUAGACAUUACCUGCGUGAACGAGCGCCGCAACACCCCGGAAACUAGACAAGCAUUAGAAGACUUGCACGGAGUACCAUCACAUAUCGGCAACGACGAGGACGGCCUUGUGGAAUAUGGGUUCCGGUUGUUCUAUACCUACUGGGCGUUGAAAGAAGCAUAUAUCAAGAUGACAGGGGAAGCGUUAUUGGCGCCGUGGUUGAGAGAAUUGGUGUUCACGAAUGUUCUUGCGCCGGAGCCCGCAGGCCGGCACUUGCAUACUUGGGGUGAGCCGUAUACUGGGGUCAAGACAUGGCUGUAUGGGAAGGAGGUGGAAGAUGUGAGACUUGAGGUGGUUGCAUUUGAGAAUGAUUAUCUUAUUGCUACCGCGGCAAGAGGGGGUGGUAUUGGGUGGAGAAGUGAAGGAGAUGGUGCAGAUCCAUGGCAGCGGUUGGAAAAGAUUGAUAUCGAGAAAGAUGUUAGACCUUGCGCGACGGGUGUUUGCCAAUGUCUGAAAUAG